CUACCACGCUGCAAUCAUGGGUGUCGCGAAGAAGACGCGAAAAUUCGCGCAGAUGAAACGAGUUAUUGGUCAACGAGAUUCGCGACUAAAGAAGAAUCAAAUGACUGGCGCGGUAGAAGCCCAAAAGAAGGCCCAGGCCGAGGCUCCAAAGCGGGAAAUCCCUCAAGCACCGAGCUCGAUGUUCUUCAUGGCAAAUCAAGCCCUCGGCCCGCCCUACUCCGUCCUCAUAGACACGAACUUCCUCUCGCACACCGUCCGCGCCAAACUCGAUCUCCAGACCGCACUCAUGAAUCUGCUAUACGCGAAGGCGACGCCUAUAAUCACAUCCUGCGUCAUGGCUGAAUUGGAAAAGCUGGGGCCCAAGUACCGCAUCGCGCUUCGCAUUGCGCGAGACGAGCGCUGGGAACGGCUCAAGUGCGACCAUACCGGAACGUACGCCGACGACUGCAUUGUCGACCGUGUGAUGAAGCACAGAAUCUAUCUUGUUGGCACAAACGACCGCGACCUAAAACGGCGAAUACGAAAGAUUCCAGGCGUCCCCAUCGUGAGCGUAGCGAGGGGCAAGUAUGUUAUUGAGCGGCUGCCGGACGUGCCUGAUAGUCGAUGAACGAGGCGAUAAAACUAGGAAGGACGUGGUUUAUAUGCAUAGCGAGGUGUUCUGGUUAAUGGGUUUUAAAACAAUAGAACGGGACUUUGAGAGUCGAGGCAUGUAGGCAUUUAGGGUUCACACAGCGUGAAGCCGAGGUUCAAGAUACCGAACAAUCUGAU